AUGAGGUCCAUUCUCCCUUUGAUUCUCUGCCUCGGGUUGAGUCUGAACCAGAGGAUCCACAAGCAGUCAGGGACCCUCCCCAAACCCACCAUCUGGGCAAAGCCAGGCUCUGUAAUCCCCUUGGGGAGUCCUGUGACCCUCUGGUGUCAGGGGUCCCUGGAAGCCCUGCAGUUUUGUCUCUUUAGAGAACAACGUGAGCAAAUAAAGACACCGAUUCAAUGGAAGCAUGGGGACAAGGCCCAGGUCUCCAUCACACACAUGACAGAGCAUGAUGCAGGGAGAUACUCCUGUUACUAUGUCACCUUCACUGGCAGGUCACAGCAAAGUGACCCCCUGGAGCUGGUGGUGACAGGAUCCUACAGCAAACCCAGCCUCUCAGCCUUGCCCAGCCCUGUCGUGACCUCUGGAGGGAACGUGACCCUCCAGUGUGGCUCAGGGCAGGGAUUUGACAGGUUCAUCCUGACUAAAGAAAGAGAAAACAGGCUCUCCUGCACCCUGGACUCACAACAACACACCCCAGUACAGAAUCAAGCCCUGUUCCCAGUGGGCCCUGUGACCCCCAGGCACAGGUGGACGUUCAGAUGCUAUGGCUGUUACAGGAACAGCUCUCAGGUGUGGUCACACCCCAGUGACCCCCUGGAGCUUCUGGUCCCAGGUGUGUCUGGGAAGCCCUCCCUCCUGGCCCAGCAGGGCCCCAUCGUGAUCUCUGGACAGAGCCUGACCCUCCAGUGUCACUCUGAUGUCGGCUAUGGCAGAUUCGCUCUGUCCAAGGAGGGAGGACAGGACCUCCCCCAGAGCCUUGUCCCGCAGCCCCAGGCUGGGCUCUCUCAGGCCAACUUCUCCCUGGACACAGUGCAUAGCUCCCACGGGGGCCGGUACAGAUGCUACGGUGGACAUAACUUGUCCUCUGAGUGGUCGGCCCCCAGUGACCCCCUGGACAUCCUGGUGGCAGGACAGCUCUCUGACAGACCCUCCCUCUCAGUGCUGCCAGGCACCAGAGUGACCUCAGGAGUGAACACGACCCUGCUGUGUCAGUCACAGAGUCCAAGGGACACUUUCCUUCUGUCCAAGGAGGGGGCAGCAGAUCCCCCCCUGCGUCUUCCAUCAAAGCGCCGAGCUCAGCAGUACGAGGCAGAGUUCUCCAUGAGUCCUGUGACCUCCGCCCACGGGGGCACCUACAGGUGCUACAGCUCACUCAGCACCGCCCCCUACCUGCUGUCACAGCCCAGUGAGCCCCUGGAGCUGCGGGUCUCAGGAGGCUCUGAGGAUUGGUCCCUACACCCCACGGAGUCAGGCCCCCAGAGGGGUCUCCCAUGGCACCAGUAUGUCCUGAUAGGGAUCUCUGUGGCCCUUAUUCUGCUCCUCCUCCUCUUCUUCCUUUUCCUUCAAUACCAGCGUCAGAGCAAACACAGGGCAUCAGAAUCUGUCAUAAAGAACCCAGAACCUGAGGAGAGCAUGGAGCUGGACCCUCAGAGCAGGCAUGAUGAAGACCCUGAUGAAGUGACAUAUGCCCAGGUGAACCCCUCAAGAUCAAGACCCAGGCAGAGAAUAGGCAGCUCUUCUUUCUCUCAGUCAAAGGAAUUUCUGAACACAAAGGUCAAACAAGAAGAAAAUGACAGACAGAUGGGCAGUCAGGCUGCUGCAUCUGAUGCCCCCCAGGACGUGACCUAUGCCCAUCUGAACCUCUUGGCCCUCAGACAGGAGACAAAUGCACCCCCUUCCUUCCGAUCAGAGAAACCCUCAGAUGAGCCCAGUGUGUACGCUGCUCUGGCCACCCACUAGCCCAGGAAGAACCCAGACCCAACACUCCUAGGAAGGGGGGUGACAGGGUCCCUGGGAGGCAGGAAAACUACUCCCAUGAACACUGCUGGUGGCCCCAGCCAGCCUGCAGACCUGAUAAGU